AUGUCAAUAAAAAUAUGUGAGUCAAGGGGAAGAAGCAUAGGGGAAGAAAUAGCAGAUAUGUACGUAAGUGCUCUGCUUUCACUUCAACAAGUGCUUAACAUGUAGACUUUCGGUCACAUGAUGACAAGCCUCAGACUCCAGCUGCCAGGUGCUGCCUCUUCUCAAGGAAACAAAACACUCCGGAGUGUUUUAAAAGCAGGGGUUUUGUGCUGAAAGCCAAGGAGACUGAACACAUGCUCAAAUUAAAGCCAAAGUUUGACCUGCAGGCAGAUGUGGUGUCUGAUAUCCUCAGGAAGGAGGCGUCGGUCUGCAGGGUGACAGAGUACUCUGGAGCAGUCGACACUCGUAUCCUGAACAUUGAGAGAGAUGGGGGCGUCCUUUACUCUUGGAAGGGAGCAACAGGAACCACCAGGAUUGGGAAAUAUGACUCCAACACCAAACAGAACAAGCUCCUGUACACGUUUGACAAGCAGGUGUGUGUCAGCAGCUGUUCCCUGAACAAGGAGGAGACGCUGUUAGCUGUCAGCUUGGCACAAAACACCAGAGGAGAGGAGCGCCUCAAACCAAUAUCCAAGUGUCUAACGCUCCUGAUUGAGAUCCAUCCCAUCAACAACACUAAAGUUCUCAAAGCAGUAGACUGCAGGGUCAAAGUGCAGUUCCUCCGCUCAGAAGCUGACAGAACAUCAGUGCUGGAGAGCCACCUGCUGCUGCUGGCUGAGGAUGGAUAUGUGGAUCUCUACCAUGUUCUGCUGACAAAACAGGAGGGUUAUAGAGUGGUGAUGGUGAAUCCCGAGCGUUUGUCCAAAACAGCAGAGACAAUAGUAGAGGACUUCUGCUGGGUCCAGUGGGAUGGACACACACAAAGACUCUACUAUCUCACUCAUAACGACAAGUUCCUGAUCCGAUGUGUUCAGUUUUACCCCUACAAUACCUGUGAAACUGUGUUGGAACUCCCGUUAGAGUUGCCUGCUAAUCCUUUCUGCACAGUCACGUUUGUAAAUCUGGGUUUUGACCAUUAUCACACAGAGAGACCAGAGCAGGAGCUUGUAAGGAUGAAAGUGUUCACAAACAGAAUAGAAAGAAGUAUGUGCGUGUGCUACAGCCGUUCACUUAAAGACAAACAGGAACUGGUCUACACUGUUGUUUUAGUUCACAAAGACUGCAGCAAGACAUUCAGGGUUUCUCUGGGCAGUGACCAGUCGCCACAGAAAGCCACACAGCUUCAUCCACUCUUCAUUCCCAUAGGUUACUACAUCCUGGUGUACCUGCAGGGUUAUUUCCUUCAUUGUAUCAACACCAGGCAGCAGGAGAUGCUCUGUCACUCCCUCUUUCUCUCAGGUCUUGAUGUGGACUUGGGCCUGCACUGUCAAACAUCUAGCAUUAUAGUGUUGCAUGAGGAGGAAGAGUCUAGUGGUGGUCUGUUGGACCUGGCCAGUGGGAGGAUCCACACUGCUGAGCUUAGCCCAGCCUACCUGCUGCAGAUACUGCGAUCAGACACUCCUUCUAGGUGUCCUAGCAGUAAGACUGACCCUCAGCGUCUGGCUGCCCUCCACUGCCUGCUGGUUUACAUGGGAAGUGACCCAAACCUGGAGCUGAAGAUUAUUGAAUGGCUGUCUGACAACGUGAACGCCUUCGAAUCCUUUGAUCAGAUCCAGGAGUUCAUUCUAGGCUCUUUGUACAGAAUAAGCUAUGAGAAGUCUCUCAACAUGGACAAAGUCCUGCCUUACUCCUCUGUAUUCGACAAGAAGGAGAUGCCACUGUGCCUGUUGGAGGUCCCUGGUGUGUUGUGUACCACUGAGCUGCAUAUUGAACCUGUGUUUAAAGGGAAGGCUAGAGGUCUCCUGAAUUUCUGGUCAGAGCUGCAGUGGAACACAGAGAGAGCAAAAUAUUUGGAUUCUGUUCCCAACUCCAGAUACAGACCCUCACACAUACAAGCCGACUGGGAUAAACUGAGGUCCGAGAUGAGACCAUCGAGCCACAUGAAUCACAUGGAGGAGAACACAAAGAAAGUUCUAUCAAUCGUGGACACCUGGUGUCUUGAUAAGAAGCUGGUGCCACUUUUCCAGGAGGAGGACCAUCAACAGAGGGUGCUCAUAGGCCUGACGGUUGACAAGCUUCGAGAGCAUCUCAACAGACAACUGCCUCGACUCGGGAAGAAGAAGAUUGACUCACUGGUUGUCAACUACGUGGCCAAACUGCUGGAGCUCAUCAGACACAUGCUGGAGUCAGUCUGGCUGAAGCAUAAACUCGGCCCUCGUGUUUUGUGCUUCACACAGCAGGGCAGUCCAGCCGAGUGGUCCGUGUUUCAUUUCAUGUUGCGGAUCCUGGAAGCCACGAGGGGUCUCUGCCUUCCCCUCCCACCAGGCUAUCACACCCUGUUAGCAGUGUUUGCCGUGCGUUGCCUCCCUCAUCACACCUUCCUACAGUACAUUGACCACGGUGUCCUGCAGCUCACUGAAACCUUUGUGUCUCGGCUCAUGACAGAUUUGGACAACAGUGAUGCCAACGAGAGACUGAAGUUCAGCAUACUUAAGAGACUCCCUGAGCCUAUGGAGCAGAGGAUCUACCAUAUGUGGGACCAUCCUGUCAGUUCAGCUUCAAUCUCCAGGGAUUAUGUCACGACUCUGCUGGAGAAACACAGCAAAAACAAGGGAUUUACAUUCAGCAGCAGAGAGAGGCCAGGCUUCAGACCUGAGUUUCUGCCUCUUACCUACCUGGCAAAAAUGCUCUCUGAUAUAGAGGAACAAGCUCUGAACCCUUUCGAGGAGCAGGAGAACGUGGACGCGAGGUUUGUGGAGGAGACGGCUCUGAAACAGACAGUAAUACUGCUGGGCUUUGAGGAAAAAUGAAGGAUGUGCAGGGGAGCGGAAGGGCGGAGAGGGACAGGGGAUGGAUGGAUUUAGGGGGAAACAGAUGGGGGGGGGGGAUGUGUCAUCAUUGACUCGGCCUUGAGGACAAGUGCCGGAUGGAUGGAUGGAUGAUGGAGGGACGGAGGGCGAGAAGCGAAAGAUGAAUGGAGAGAUUGAGCGCCCAUAAACAAGCUCUCAGUGUUUUAUGACAAAUUAGGGUGGGACAGAGCCAUAGAUGGAUGGAGACGCCCAGAAAGGGAAGAUGGAGGGGGGAAUAGGAGACAGAUCGGAUAAAAAAAGUCAUCCUAUUUUUCCACCUCUAAAUACUGAAGUGUGAUAUGAUGUGAGAGGGACAGUGGCUUGUUAUUUUACAAUACACAAACAAUGUAAGAACUGUGUUUAAAAUGGAAACAAUAGUAACACAAUUCAAUUUGGGGAAACAUGCUUUUCAUUUUUUUUUAUUAAAAAUCAAUAACUGCAGGCAGCUGUUUAUCUGAACUCAUAUUUCUGUAGCGGCAACAAUUCUCUCUCCACAACUUCUCCACUUCCUCUCAUACAAUUUAUGAACAUUGAUGUCAAAUACUGCAAACAGUAUUUAUAAAUCAAACACGCUUAUUUGUCCUCCUGUGCUCUCUGUAAUGCUGCUGCACCCCAUCAACUUGAUUACAUGCUGACAAAAGCGUCGCAGACAGAGCCGCUUGAUAUGGUCUCUCAGUGGCUGCUGUGCAUUCAAUCUGGUCUUUAACAAUAAGUUAUACAGAAUAUUUGCAGCUGAAAGGAGUGCUGGUAUAACUCAGUGAGACUAACAGGCCCUUGCAAAGAUUUAAAAUUACAAGCCCAAACAGUGUUAUAAAUGGAAUAUACUGUAUUUUCAAUAUACAAAUUAACAUAUUCUUAAUAGGAAAUACACUGAUUGUUACUUUAUACAAAAACUAAAUUGCUGAAGGAUUAGAAGGAUUUUCAAGCUUUGAGAUGACUGAGUAAAGUGGCUAUCAGGAACGUUUCAAAUAUUUAGGAAAUUCACUGUUGCUGGAUUUGUACGGAGAAUAAGGGCUGGCUAUCAUUUGAACUGUUUUGAUACUAGUACUGGUAUGAUACCUAUGUUGCUGCACAGCACUAAAUGAUAUCAUAAUUAGAGAAAUAUGAACAUGUUUCUCUACAAAUUCCUCAGCCAAAAUUCUCAAAUCUUAAACGUCUAAACACAAGUGACCAUACAAAAACAUUGGCUUGCAUAAAACUGCCUAAAACUAGCUCAAUAUUUAUUUAAAGUGAGACUAUAUUUACUUUUAAAAGGAGAUAUACCACAUUCUUAGUACAAAAUGAUACCUUACUUUGAGUAAGUAAGUGAAUCAAAAUUGCUAGUUUUAGGCUAUUUUAAAGUGGGACUACAUACCUAAACCACACACACACACACACACACACACACACACACACACACACACAGUUAGUACAAGAACUUCGUCUCACUUAAAUUGCUAUAUUGUGAUUUAAAGUUAGACUAUUUUACUUUUGUAAGACAAGGUUUCAUAUUCUUACUUAUAUAAAUGAAAAGUUGAAUUCAUAGGCAAUAAAACACACUCUACCAAAUUCUAUACACUCAGGGUUUUGCUGCUACAGCCUUAUUGGUCUGGUAUGACUUGUAUAUUAUGAUGGCUAAUGUUAGCAAUCUUUAGGUUGAUAUCUCUAUAAGUCUCUAAGACUGAGCUAGUUUGCUAACACCAUUGCUCUUCUUUUUGUUUUAGCACUUUCCAUGCAAUUGUCAUUUACUCAUCGGCUUACAAUAAACCAGGAAGCUGGCUGAAGAAAAAGUAAACAAGGUCUAAGGUAAUACACAAGGAUAAAAAUUAGCAGUCCACUCAUUUUAUAGUGCCUUUAUUCAUAUAGCCUAUUGUAAAAAUCAAUCUCCAAAAUGCUUUACAAACCAUAAAAUCAAAGAAGACAGUACAGGGUUAAUAGGGCAAUACAAAUUAAAAUAAUAAAAAAAUAAAAAACUGACAUUACUCACCCUGCCUGCACACACACACAAACAUCUAGUUUGAAUAACGUGCCAUAAUGUGGCCGUGUGCCCUCAAUCAUGACUAAGCUCUUACUGUAAGUGGAGAAAUUCUUUGGUAGUGGUGGUGAUGGUGGUGUGUGUGUGUGUGUGUGUGUGUGUGGGUGGCAUGUGUUCAUAAUCCUUUUCACACUGUCUGAAUGUUAGCAGCCCACGAGACUCAAUGCCAGAGAUUAUUUACACCUCCGUGUUUGUGCUUUGAAUUGAGAAAUGACAAAACAUUCCUCUGAAUAAAAAGGGAUUUCUUAAUCACUCAUGUUUCUUAUGGUUACACAAAAAAAGUUUUGUACGAUGAAAUGUAAAUAAAGAGAUUCCCCCCGC